CGUCAGCGGUCACGCACUCGUCGAAGGAGCGACUGACAGUCUGUCCGACCAGUGCGGGAGUUUGUUGAUACCCGGAGCUGGCGGCUGAGCUCUGCCUCAUUGGCCCGUGGUGGUUAAACGUCCCCUCGGGGAACAUUUGCAUGUCCUUCAGCGUGUCGCCCGCCGCGCUGCAGCCUUGCUGGAGUUGAGGUGUUUACAAGAAAGUGUGUCAAGUCAAAUCAAGGUGAACGGCGGUUCGCGCUGCAGUUGCACGAUGUUCACUGAGCGCCCGCGGAGCUGAGAGUCGCCACUGCUGCAAGAGUUGGUCUGAAUAUCAACACCAUGACGGGUGACACGGUGGUCUGGAGGGGUCUCACCUGGAUGAAGCAGACGGCCUGCAGAGCCCCAACAGGGAGCCUGCACGGCGCCGGGAACCAGAGGCUGGUCAACUUCCAUCACGCUGCUGGAUCAGCAAGGGAGACGUUAAAUAAACAAGAAGCCUGCAUCCACAAGGUCACGGCAGCCCAGGUCCACAGAUACUCGACCGCGGGAGCCGGUUUCAGCGCCUGUUUCAUUGGCAGCGUAAACGGUGGACAGGCGACCUGCACGGGAAGACCCGGCACUGAAAAGUACCGCAGGGACUGGCUGAGACAGCUGUUCUGUGGACACACAAAGUUAUUUAACCAGGACAACUCCACAGUGGGCCGGCUGACGUCAGCAGACGUUGACAAAACGGGAAACGCCAAGAAAACAGACGCGAAGCCGCAUAAGCAAGUGCUCAGCGACAGAGCCAGAGAGAGGAAGGUGCCCGUCACGCGGAUAGGAAGGCUGGUGAAUUUCGGAGGUCUGGCGGUCGGACUCGGCAUCGGGGCCAUCGCUGAAGUGGCGAAGAAGAGUUUGAAACCCCAGCAACAAGGUGAUAAAAAAUCCAUCCUGGACUCGAGUGCCUUCCUGUCUGAAGCCAACGCUGAAAGGAUCGUCCGGACUCUCUGCAAAGUCCGAGGUGCCGCGCUAAAACUCGGACAGAUGCUCAGCAUUCAAGAUGACGCCUUCAUUAACCCUCAGUUGGCCAAAAUCUUCGAGCGCGUUCGACAGAGUGCAGACUUCAUGCCCUCCAAGCAGAUGACGAAAGCCAUCAGCAGCGACCUCGGCCCCGGCUGGAGAGACAAGCUGGAGUACUUUGAGGAGAAGCCGUUCGCGGCGGCGUCCAUCGGCCAGGUGCAUUUAGCGAGACUGAAGGACGGCAGAGAGGUCGCCAUGAAGAUUCAGUACCCCGGAGUCGCCAAGAGUAUCGACAGCGACGUGAAUAACAUCAUGACUGCUCUGAGCUUAAGCAACGCGCUGCCUGAAGGUCUGUUUCCCGAGCACCUCAUUGAGGUCAUGAGCCGCGAGCUGGCGCUGGAGUGCGAUUACAUAAGAGAGGCGAAAUGUGCCAAAAAAUUCCAGGAGCUGCUGAAGGACCACCCGUUCUUCUAUGUGCCCGACGUGAUUGACGAGCUGAGCAGCCAGCAUGUCCUCACCACGACGCUGGUGCCCGGGUUCCCUCUGGACCAGGCCACCGAGCUGUCCCAGGAGCUCAGGAAUGAGAUUUGUGAGCAGAUCCUGAUCUUGUGCCUGAGAGAGCUGUUUGAGUUCAGAUACAUGCAAACUGAUCCAAACUGGUCCAACUUCUUCUUUGAUCCACAAACACACAAGGUUGCUCUGUUGGAUUUUGGAGCCACGCGUGGAUUUGAUAAGAGUUUCACCGACAUCUACAUCGAGAUUAUCAACGCGGCUGCAAACCAGAACAGAGAAGGUGUCCUGCAGAAGUCCAGAGACAUGAGGUUCCUCACAGGAUACGAGUCAAAGGCGAUGGAGAACGCCCACGUGGACGCGGUGAUGAUCCUCGGGGAGGCCUUCUCCUCCGAGGAGCCCUUUGACUUUGGAGCCCAGAGCACCACGGAGCGCAUCCACAGCCUCAUCCCUGUGAUGCUGAGGGAGCGACUCACGCCGCCUCCCGAGGAGACGUACUCCCUCCACCGCAAGAUGGGCGGCUCCUUCCUCAUCUGCUCUAAACUCAAAGCUAAAAUAUGCUGCAAGAACAUGUUCCAGAAGGCCUACAAAAACUACUGGAAAGACCGACGCCCCGAGUCGACAAACUGAAGCCUUUUAGCCUCGUUUGCGGUAUGUUGAACAAUCUAACUCACACAUUCUUACUUGUGAAGAUAUUUUUGUGCAGCCUGGGUCAGACCAUGUCCAGAUGUUAAGUUGUGUUUUGUUUUUUACUGUGGUCUGCUCUCCUGACUCAUCAGAUAAACUGAUAAAAGUACAUAAAACAAAAACAAAAACACGAGAUGCCAUCACUCGUCUUGACCAGGACUCCAUCCAGACAAACAGGAGCAAAGCUAACGUGUGAAGAUUAUUUGUUUGAACUUGUAUCGUUUGAGCAGAUUUGUGGUCCUAAGUGUACAAUCUAAUAAUUAUAUUUGUAAUUAUGUUUCUGUAUGCUUUGAGGAUUGAGUCAGUUGAAAUAAAUUGACACUGCAAAAAGAAA